AUGCAUCCUCACAUGCACGAUCAAUACUUCCUGGGGAGUAGCGUCCCUGAGUAUCUCUACGGCCGCGACGGAAUCGAUUCAGCACCACCGUUGUGGGAUGACUCGGACGACAACUCCUGCAUCGACCCCCAGCUGCGUUCUCUCCAACACGAAUACCCCUAUCCUAGUUUCGGCUUUCAUGCCCACGCGCAGGUUGAUACACGUCGUUUAUUUACUGCCUAUGACCCCGUCGCUCAUGGCUUCCACAAAAAUCAUGGAAGCGCUUCUGAGAGCCACCUCUACCAUCACGACUUUUCCGACCUUCUGCCAGGAAUCAGUGACGAAUACCGCCAGACUCGACAUUUGUCUCCCUCCCAGUCUGGAAACACACCGUCUAGCACUGGGUCCUCAGCAGGAGAUUUUGCCUCUAGUCCAGAUGCACUUCGGUUCCCGCAAGAACUCUCCCUGACUUUUGAAAGCCCAGUGUCGACACACUCGCCACCUGUCAUGCCUAUUACAAGCCAAAACCUCUGGACAUCACACCAUGCUAACGUGAAUCCUCCGGUACCUACGCCUGGCGGUUAUCUGGCUUUGAGUAUGCGAGACCUACAGGUCACACCGGAUCCUGAAGGCGCAGAGAGCUUCCUCGAAGACAGAGACGUGGCCCAUCACAAGAUCAAACUGCCGCAAGAGCUUGAAUUCUCAGAGCAACUCGCAAGCCCUCCCGCAUCAACAUUUGACGAAGAUGAUGAGAUGACCCACCAAGAUUCAGGAGCUCACGAGAGCGAUAACGACUCCGAGUUCAUUCCUGGAUCUCGCGCGUCCCGUCACGGCCCUGCAGCUCUGCGUCACUCGCUGCGUUCGCCACGGCGACGGCGACCUAGGGCGAUCCUUGACGGUCAUGCGCGCGUUCACAAGACUAUCAACGCCAAUCCGCCUACAAUUGGCAAAUCUAGGUCGAAGACCAAGAAAAUCUCCUCCCCGAGGAGGAGCCGUGACUCCAAGUUCUUCCCUUGUGCUUUUCAUCAUUUUGGCUGCCCUGCAACGUUCGCCAACAAGAACGAAUGGAAACGCCAUGUCUCUUCGCAACAUCUCCAGCUCGGCUUUUACCGCUGUGAUUUGGGCUCGUGCUCUCCAGAGCUUGUCCGAAACCAGCAAAAAGGUCACAACGACUUCAACAGAAAAGAUCUAUUCACACAGCACUGUCGUCGCAUGCAUGCACCUUGGUCACUCACGGACAAGGACAUGGUAAGGGUGAGCAAGAAAGAGCAGGAAAUGUUCGAGAAGGAACUUGAGCAGAUUCGGACUCGGUGCUGGAUCGACGCCCGCAAGCCGCCCGGUACGACCAAGUGUGGCUUCUGUUCAAAGAAGUUCGUUGAAGGCGAAAGCGGCGACGGUGGCGGCGUCGGCAGCGGCGGCGGCUCCAAUGGCUCGAGUGCAUGGGAUCGGCGCAUGGAACACAUGGGAAAGCAUUAUGAGAAAGAUCGCCUUGGUGCGAAAGACGAGCAACUUGACAAAGGGCUGCAGCAGUGGGCUCUGGCUGAAGGCCUCAUCACACAAAGCAGGGCCAAGGACCGAUAUUGGCUCGUCGGCCUGGAGCCGGCAGAAAAUGUCGGUAGUGCAGCUGGGUGGAGAAGAAGCGGGAGAGCCACACGUCGUCGACUGGGCGGAAGAGGAAGAAGUGCAGAAGAGCAAGAGAGUGAGAACAGUGACGUCGAGCUCGAGCACGAACGUGAAGAAGACAAACAUGGGUUGAGUGUAUCAGCGAGAGUCGACGAUGGUGAAGAAGAACAAGAAGACGCAGAAGGAGAAGAAGAAGGAGGAGGAGGAGGAGGAGGAGGAGGAGGAGGAGGAGGAGGAGAGCAGGAGACCAGCAGUGUCGAUGUCAAACACCUCGACGUGGACGCAGAUGCUGAAAGUGAAGAAGAGUGA